AUGGAUCAGCAAAAGGCCGUUGACAUGCAAGCGCAAAUUGUCCAACUGGAACAAGAAAUUAGGAGUAUUCAAGAGAGAGAACAAAGUUACAAAGCCACCGUAGACGAAUACGAGAAUCAAAUAAAGGAUAUCAAUAACUGGAUGGAAACGAGGAACAAGCAAAUAACAGAAGUUCAACAGUAUCUCAAGGAUGCAGAGACUGAAGUUCGAGAACAAAAGAAGGCUUUACUUGAGAAUAGGCAGGAGCUCGAGGCUGUAAAAGCUGAAGCCAGUAAGAAGGAAGAAAACCAAAAAUCAAUAGAGCAGGAGAAAAAUCGUUUGAAGGAGACAAUGGAAAAGAUGGAACAAACCACGAAUGAGAAGGAUAAGAAAGUGGGUAUUUUAAACGUGAGACUUCAAGACGCCGAGAAAGAAAUCGAGGACUUGACUACCACAAUGGCAACAGUCAAUGCAACGCUUCACAAAGAACGUAUAUCAACGGCCUGCGAGAUAGGACACCUUUCAAAGAUAAUUGAGAAUCUGGAGAAGACUAAAGGAGAGUAUGACGCGAGGAUAGACGACUCAGACACACUGAAAAAGCGUCUCCGGGAGGUGGAGGAGGAGCGGACCGCGGUCAUGAAUGUCCAAGAUGCCAUAAAACAGAAAGAGGAAACGAUCAGCCGCCUCAGACAAGACAUUGAAAUCAUUAACGAGGGCCACGCAAGCGAAGUCAAUCGUCUUACGGAAGAAGUUCGUAAAUUGAAUAGCCAAAUUGAGCACGAUCAAAAGGGAGACAGUGGAGUGACUGAGAUACCACGAGAAUCUUUAGACUUCAAUGAUAAGUCUUGUGCAAUUCCAGUAAGGCACGAAGUGGCGCUUCAGGAGCUUGAAAGAUGGAAAGAGUCCGGUGACAAGUUAGUUGAAUCGCAGAAAAGGAUCGACAAUGUAUACUCGACUAUAGAGAGCCUACCAUCAAGGCUUGAGCAAGUGCUGACAACACAUCAGCAAAGUGCCUCUGGUGGAAACGCAAACUGCGCUUACUUGCAACCUGACUCUGACGCCCAGGCAGUUGACGAUGGAAUCUUGACCAGAUUGGAGAUCAAAGUCGAGGAUCUCAAGCGCGCCAUCGAUAAACAACACAUACGCAGUCAAGAUAAUGUUGAAAGCAACAAGAUUUGCCACGGUGUCGAAGAAAUGAGUAAGCUGAUAUCUCGUAUUAACCAGCAAAGCGAAGAAUCGGCGGAAAGACUAUGUAAGGAAAUAAGUCGCUUGACAGAACAAACGAUUCAACUCAACAGCGACAUUAAAGAAAAAGAUAAACAAUACCGCGAGGCAACCAACGAGUUGCUGACACGUGAAAUCAACUACGAAGCAGAGGGCAAAAGGCUAACCGAAAGAUUACCUGUAUUAGAAAUAGAACAGCUCAAAAAGCAAAUCCAUGAGCUCCAUGAGCAGGUUCGAGCACUUGGCCCUGAGCUCAAAGACAAAAACCAAGGCCUGGGCACACCGAUGAAGGGUGUCUCUGAUACCAAGGCCAAAACCAUGAGUUGUCAAGGGGACAUGAAACAUAGGGACAUGAUUAUAGAGAGUCUGCCUUCUGACCUAAAGAAUAUCAUGACAAAGCUCAUCGAGAUGGAGAAAGCAAUGACAAGACAACUGCAGAUUACAUGCGAUGAAAGGAGGAAUCCUUCACAUUUCACUUCUACGAGAAACUCACAACUGGAUGAGAGUAAUAACUUCUCCAAGCUGGAGAGUCAG